CAGAUGAGGCAACCGAUUGUAGUAGUAUUGAACAAAUGCCAAUUGUCUUGCGUUAUGUAGAUUCUAGCAAAGAAAUUAACGAACGGUUUGUUAAAUUUGUACAAUGCGAAGGGGUGACGGGCGAGGCGUUAGCGACCAACAUAGAAGACACAUUGCAAGAACUCGGCCUACCACUUGAAAAUUGCCGUGGCCAAGGUUAUGAUGGUGCUAGUGCAAUGUCCAGUCAAUCGAAAGGAGUUUCUGGUCGGAUUUUAAAGAGGAAUCCAAAAGCAUUGUAUGUCCAUUGCUCCAGUCAUCGCUUGAAUCUUGUUGUUGCCAAAGCAUGUCAGCUUCCCUCAGUAGUCCAAAUGCUAGGAUGUGCACAGAAGAUUACAAGUUUUUUCAGUCCCUCUCCUGAAAGAAUGCAGUGUUUGAAGAAGAAAUUCGAAGAGAUCGGUUUGAAGCGCCAAAAGCUGAAAGCUCCUUCUACGACACGCUGGGUCCAACGGGUGUCUUCCCUUGAUGGCAUUGUGGAGUCGUUUGAAGCCAUUUUCGAAAGUUUAAAGUACAUGAAAUUGAAUGAAAAUGGCGAUUUCAAUAGCUCAACUAGUGAUGCUAGGAUGUAUUACGAAUCAAUAAAAUCUUUUGAAUUUAUCGCAUCUCUUGUCAUUACAUCAAAUGUCCUACAUCACACUUUAUCCUUGACGCUUGAACUACAACGAAGAAAGAUCGACAUUGUCCAGUCCCUCAAGCAGAUUAAUCUUUUAAAGGCACGUAUGAAAAACUUGCGCGAUUCAGUUGAUGAAAUUCAUGAAAAAUACUACAAUGAAGUCCUAGAGUUGGCAAGUAGCGUGAAAGUAAAAGAGAAGGUUCCUCGGAUAUGCACGGUUCAAACCACUCGUGAAAACUAUCCUGUUGCCACUGGCCGCGAUUACUAUCGAGUGAAAUUAACCAUCCCACUUCUUGAUCAUCUCAUUGAACAGAUUGAAUUUCGAUUUCCAUCGGAAAUGAGUAACCUAUACAAUGGCUUCUACAUUAUUCCUGGUAUCUUCCUCAUGUGUAAAGACGUUGACUGGAAAACGGAAUUCAUGAAGUUCGUUUCUGCCUACAAAGAUGAUAUGCCCAACUAUCGGAGCAUGCAUGCUGAAUUAGGGUUGUGGGAAACCAACUGGAAACAGGGCUUCGAACAAGUCAUAUAUGAUUCAGUUGCUGAUACCCUGAGGAAUUGUAACGAACUUCCGUUUCCAAAUAUUUUUACCGCUCUAAAGAUUCUCGCUGUCGUACCGGUUACUACAUGUGAAUGCGAACGAUCUGUUUCAGCUCUUCGCCGAAUGAAAACUUGGCUACGAAGCACGAUGGUUAAUGAGGGAUUGAAUGGGCUUGCUCAGAUGCAUAUCAACGAUGAUAUAACCGUUAAUGUUGAAGAAGUCAUAAACACUUUCGCCAGGCAGAACCCUACAAGAAUGCAAUUUCUUGACAUCCUUGAGGACAACUAA